AUGUCUCUCCACACCCCCCUCUGCUCCCUACUCAAGAUACAGCACCCUGUUCUCUUAGCCGGCAUGGCCCGCGCCUCAGGUGCUCCACUCGCAGCAGCAGUCUCAAACGCAGGUGGCCUCGGCACAAUAGGCGGACUGGGCUACACUCCAGAGCAACUGUCCGAGAUGUUAACGGAGCUCAAAUCGCUUCUCCGCGACCCAUCGCUACCUUUCGGCGUGGACCUCGCCCUGCCCCAAGUUGGCGGAAGCGCCCGUGCAACAAACCACGACUACACACACGGACAGCUAGAUGAACUCAUCGAGGUUACCAUCUCGCACGGCGCGAAACUCUUCGUCUCGGCUGUGGGCAUCCCACCCGAGAAGACCGUGAAGCGGCUCCACGAGGCUGGGAUUCUCGUCAUGAACAUGGUUGGGGCGCCAAAGCAUGCGGAGAAGGCGUUCCAGCGGGGAGUGGAUAUUGUUUGUGCACAGGGUGGUGAAGGAGGUGGACAUACGGGAGAUAUUCCGUUCUCGGUGCUGAUUCCUGCCAUUGUGGAUGUUGCGAAGAAGUACAAGAGUCCGUUGACGGGGUUGCCGGCACAGGUUGUUGCUGCGGGUGGAAUUAAUGAUGGGCGCAGUCUUGCGGCGUCUCUGAUGCUUGGAGCGUCUGGUGUAUGGGUUGGGACUCGGUUUGUAGCUUCAGAGGAGAGUGGUGCGAGUCGAUUGCAUAAGGAGGCUGUGGUUGGGGCUCAGUAUGGAGAGACGAAACGGACAUUGGUUGUUUCUGGUCGACCGUUGCGCAUGUUGCCUAAUGACUACGUCAAGGAGUGGGAGAGUCGACCUGCCGACAUCGCGGAGUUGACUGCGAAGGGAAUUGUGCCGAUGAUGCAUGAUUUGGAGAACGAGAAGGACAUUGACAUGCCAUUCUUGAUGGGAGAUGUAUCCGCUGGUGUCAAGGAAAUCAAACCAGCUGGUGUUAUUGUGAAAGAGAUGGUUCAACAGGCCGUCGAGGUCCUCAAGACAGGAAACUCGUAUAUCACCAAAGAUGGCCUGUCAAGCAAGCUAUAG